AUGGAUAAUUAGAGUAAUUUUCAAACAGUGAAUUAAUAUAAAACUUCGUCUUCUAAGUGUUUUAUUAAUCAAUCAGUCAACUAAGUUGAUAAACCUCCAAAGCAAUCUGAUCUUGUUCUUUACCAAGCAGCCAAAGAGAAAUGCGCCAACAAAUAAAAUGAAAGAUAAUCGACUCCCCUUUUUUAAGUCACUAGCUUAAUAACCAAUGCCCCUACUCUUCACAAACCCACUGUAAAAACAACUUAAUUCAGCAACCAAGCCACAAGUGUCUUCGAUUUCUCAGAAAAUCGAAAAGAAUAAGUCUUCAAACCUCAUUGUAUCAAAGUUGCUGAACCUGGUAACAAUUCAGAUUGUGUUUACAAGCAAUAGUUAAAAACUUCGGAUCUCCCAUCCAGAGAUAAUUUAUCUCGAAAUCCCAUAACCACUGGAGAUUCAAAAAGUGAAUAUCUGAGAACUACAAAAACCCCACUACCAAAAGAUUAAUUUAGUUUUAAUUGA